GCCGCCGCCCGGGCGCUGCGGGCCGCUCCCGCCCCCCCGGCGCCGCCGGGCACAUGGGCACGGGGGGAGGAGCCGCGGGCUGACAUCACGGCGCCGCGCGUACAACGGCCGGAGGCUCCGCGCUGCCGCCCGCGCCCGGCCCCGCGCAGAGGAUGUCAGGAGGAGACAUGGCCAAACCCCUCCUGGGCCAUCGCAGCGUGGAGGGGGACCACAGCGUCACGCCUGCGGCAGGCCGCACCAUCGGGGUGCUGGGGAGCGGGGAUUUCGCACGGUCGUUGGCCAUCCGCCUCGUCUGCUCCGGGUUCAAGGUGGUGGUCGGGAGCCGCAACCCAAAGCGCAAAGCCGGCCUCUUCCCCUCUGCGGCAGAAGUCACCUUCCAAGCUGAUGCGGUGAAGAAGACAGAUGUCAUUUUUGUGGCAGUUUUCAGGGAACAUUACUCCACGCUCUGCGACCUGGCUGAUGUGCUGGCUGGCAAGAUACUGGUGGAUGUCAGCAACAACACUGAAAUCAACCACCACAAAGAAUCCAACGCCGAGUACUUGGCUUCCCUGUUCCCUGCCUGCACCGUGGUCAAGGGGUUUAACGUCAUUUCUGCGUGGACGUUGCAGUCGGGCGCCAGGGAUGGAAAUAAGCAGGUUCUGAUUUGCUCUAACAACCAAGAAGCCAAGCGCACCGUAGCAGAAAUUGCUCAAGUCAUGGGAUUCACCCCUGUGGACAUGGGCUGCAUGUCAUCGGCCUGUGAGAUUGAAAACAUUCCCCUGCGCCUCUUGCCAGCCUGGAAAAUCCCCAUUUUUUUGGCUUUGGGGCUCUUCCUUUGUUUCUUUACUUACAACUUGGUCAGACAGGUCAUCCACCCUUACAUCAGGGAGCAGAAGAACAAGUUCUACAAGAUCCCCAUCGAGGUGGUCAACACUACGCUGCCGUGCGUGGCCUACGUCAUGCUGUCCCUCGUCUAUCUGCCCGGGGUGCUGGCAGCCUGCUCGCAGCUCUACUACGGCACCAAGUACAGGCGCUUUCCAGAUUGGCUCGACCAGUGGCUCCAGCACAGAAAGCAGAUCGGCCUCCUGAGCUUCUUCUGUGCGGCUCUGCACGCCGUGUACAGCCUGUGUCUGCCCAUGCGCCGCUCGCACCGCUACCAGCUAAUCGAGACAGCCGUCAAGCAGGCUGUGGAGAAGAAGAUGAAUAUCUGGGUAGAGGAGGAAGUCUGGAGGAUGGAGAUUUAUAUCUCCGUUGGAAUAAUUGCCCUGGGCUUGCUGUCGUUACUUGCCAUCACUUCACUCCCGUCCAUCGCAAACUCUCUCAACUGGAGGGAAUUCAGUUUCGUUCAGUCCACCCUUGGAUUUAUUGCCUUGGUGAUCAGCACGCUUCACACGCUCACCUACGGCUGGUCGCGGGCCUUCGACGAGAACCAGUACAAGUUCUACCUGCCUCCCACCUACACCCUCACGCUGCUCGUCCCAUGUACUGUGAUCCUAGCAAAAGUGAUCUUCAGUUUGCCCUGCAUCCAGCAAAGACUUCUGCGAAUCAGGAGGGGCUGGGAAAAGGGGAGAUACGUGAAGUUCGUCCUGCCCAGCGCCACAGGGGAAUAUUCAAGUGGGGAGACCUCGAGCAAUGUGUAGCAGAGCCCCUGUUGUGACAGAGGAUUUCAAAGCACUAUCAAAAUUUCUAUAAAGGUGUUUUUUUUUUUUUUCCUUAAACAUAUAUAUGUUUUGGUAUAAUUGUAUGGUGGGUAAAUAAUAAAAUUUGGUGACUUUAGAGAAUGGAUUACCAUGAAAUUAGGUUAGACGGUAGUAUUUAACCUAUAUUGCUGGUUUGCUCGGACAAUUAUUGCCUUAAAUGUCACUGCGAAAGCUGAGCUCGCAGCACUCGUAUACAUGGAAAACCAAUGGGAUACUGUCAGAUCAGUCACCUGAGAGGGUGGUUGGCAUCUCUGUACCAGUACUUCUCUGUUGCUUCCCUAGCCACUCUCACAAAUUUCAAUGCUUGGGGUUUUUUUUCUAAUAUGAAAGAACACAGAUAUUCAGGCCCCUGUGUCAGGGAAGAAACCAAGCCUCUUGAGUGUCUGGAUCAACCAAAGCAGUGAGGUUUAGGAACAUGAAUCGUCUCUGGUUUUGGUCUCCUCAGUGAACUUCACAGCCAAAUAAGAACAAUAUCCGUGUUAUGUAGCGUCCGCUGAUUUUAGCUGAAGUAUCCAGCAAACCCAAGUAGUGCCUGUUUUUCCAAGUGCAGAUGGCACUUGUGCUCCUGUAAGCUGUCUGGUACACAUUUAUAAGCCGUGGAAACAAAUCACCUUUUCCAGCAGUAUAACGACAUUUGAAGAGGGAUGUCCUCAUGCCUCUCCUCCGCACUGCUGUCACUGGGAUGACACCUGCUGCUACCAUAUGUUCUGUUUUAUUAAACCAAAGUUUCAGGCAGUAUUUGAUGGAAAUAGGGUGAAGAUAAUUAUCAGAAAGACUUGCUGCUUCAUGAAACUGCAUGGAGAAAACCCAGGCCUUCUGGCAGGCCGUCUAUCAAAUAAGAGGGUGAAACUUUUUGAAAACAUUGUCACCUGAACAUUUCCAUUUAUGCAGACAAAACAGCAGCUCUGAAACCACUGGUUUCAGUAGCAGCGAUAAGAUUUUUGAAUUACCUUGCAAAGGGAUUAAUGAGCCUUGACCACAAAGCAAAUACAGCAAAUGUACAUUUUGGGUAUAGUCCUUCAUUGCCUCGCACCUUCUAAAGUCACUUAAAAGAUUGCACAGCAGAUGUCACAUGCUCUUCUUCCAGCUUCACACCCACCUUGGAUGAGGUACAGGGCAAUGAAGAAUUCUGUCCUAAUUUCGUUUUCUUCCUGUCUCUUCCCACCCCUUCAAGGUCUUGUUCUUUAUCAGAAUAGUUCUGUAGUUUUUGGAUGAUCCAGAUCAUCUGAAUGGAGAAGAGACAGCCAUUCUUCUCGAAAGCUCAUUUAAAAUGCAGGCAAUCAAGAUGACGCAAGAAGACUGCCUCAGAAGGUCAGAUGUAAGGAGGUGGUUGAAAUAGCCUGGUUUUCCUACAGUUAAGUAAAAGACACCAUGCAAUGUUGAGCAUUGCUUUGAAAAAUGACCACUGUCAGUAUCAAAUAAGGUACGCUUUGUGGGCAAGAAAGUACCUGUUAUUAGACAAGCUUAUAUAAGUGGGGAAGAUGGAUCAAUUUGGGGGCACAUCAGCCCUUCAACAAGUCAGCGUUGCCUCUGUAACCUGGAUGAUUUCUACGUGGACAGAGGAUUUUAAGAAUUCCCUGUUUAGCCUCAAAUGACUGCAGAGAGUCAUAUUCUCCAACUCUGCUCAAGCUGCCAAUGAUGAUACACAGGGAUUUCAGUUCUUGCAUGAGGCUUAUACUGAAGUCUCCAAACACCGUUUCUUUUCGCUGAAUAAAAGGAAAUCAGCACGAGGGAAAUGCCAGGAUUUCACAAUCAGCUGACGGUUUUGUUGCUAAGAAGGGAAGUUGCCAUUCUUGCCCGCUGUCCCUUUCAGAAAGUUGGUUAUUCAGGCCCCACCACCACCACAGCCAAGACCAGAUCAGCAACUGAUAAAACACGCACCAAGCAGAUACAUUAACCAGUAAUGUUUGCAGUUGAAUGGUAGGUUAUGUUUCUGCAUGGAUGUGAGACAGUUUCACAUGGGUAUCAUUCCACCCACGCCGGCGUAACUCACCCUGGAGGCAAAAUUGGAUUCAGCAAGCUUGUUCUUUCCAGGCUCUGCUCCAUUUCAUCAUCAGGCAAAGCCAACAUAAAAGCAGCAGUUUGCACAUUUUCUGGCUGCGAUCAAGUAUUCAGAUGCCUUUUCUUCCACAGCUAAGCUUCUUUUCACUUCUUUAGGUCAGGCAAGACUACUGCCUGUUGCCAAAAAAAUAAAAAAGGAGUAGGAGGCAGGGAACGAAUAUUACGCAGUCUUGAAGGCUUUGUCUUCAAGGAGGAAAGGUGUGGUGUUACCUUGAGGUGCUGCGAGGUCAGACUCACCUUUCUGCACAGCAGAACCAGAGUCUGCAGCUUUGCUUUGUGUAACCUUCACGCCCACCUACCCUUUCCCACCGAUGGCCAAGGGACCAGGCACCCAGACCCGCCUGAGGAGCUGGCUCUGCUGGUGAGUCACCAAGGUGUUUUUCAGACAGACGCAAGCCCUGUGGGCAGAUGAGCCGGUUCAGAAGUCACACAGUAACACAGCAUCUAACGACAGCCAAUUUGGGGUCCUCCACUAGUGCCUCUGCCAACAUACUGUCCAGCCAGACGCCAUCUCUUUAAAGACUGAAACCACCUCCUAUAGAUGCAGAACUAGAGCAGCAUUUCAAAUGGUGCCUUCUGUGGGUGUCCGUUCUUUAAAACCUUUGACAAUGGUUUGAAUAAUCAAUUCUGAUUCUGGAAUACUGAAAAGUGGCUUGAGGAAUUUUUAAAUGAUCUUUGCCUUUUCAGUUUUUUCCCUACUGCAUUAUUUGAUAUUGAUAGGGGUUUAAUGAGGUUAGCUUAAAAUUUCCUCAUUAACUGUUUUUGUAUUUGGAGUUACCAUAUAUAUACACACACACAUAUAUUUUAUUGCAGAAUAUACAGCUGAAAUGUAAAUUCUUUAUAUUUUUAUGUUCUGUAUUGCCUACUAUGUGCCUCUGGGAUAUGUAAGAGCCAACUGAAAAGCUGUAAGAGCAAGGCCAGUUUUAAUCGGUUCUAGCCACUGGCCUCUGUAGCUAUACAAAAGUUAUUCUGGACAGGUCUAUAAAGUUACAUCAAUACUCA